GCGCAAACUGUGAUUACAGUAACGUCCAGAGAUGCGCGCUGCGCUCAGGCGGUACCCAGAACUCCGCGCUGACAUUUUCAAAGAUUCAUCUCGCUAAAUAUGACAUCCAAACGGGAGCUGUAGGUGCUUCAGGAUGGAGUUGAUGGAUGAGUUGUCCGACAGUGAUGCUCAUCUGGUCCAGCAGAUGUACAACGACACGCUCCUGCAGCGGAAUUUAAGCGCUUUAGGUGAUGCAGAUGGACCUUUACCAACCAGCAUAAAGAUCACGGUCGUCGUGGUUUACCUAAUAGUGUGCGUGGUGGGACUCGUGGGAAACUGCUUGGUCAUGUAUGUAAUAAUCAGGUACACAAAGAUGAAAACAGCCACCAACAUUUACAUCUUUAACCUGGCCCUGGCUGAUGCACUAGUCCUGGCCACGCUUCCUUUCCAAGGCACCGAUGUUCUUCUCGGUUUCUGGCCGUUUGGUCUGGCUCUGUGCAAGACUGUGGUUGCCAUUGACUACUACAACAUGUUUACAAGUGUCUUCACUCUGACCUCAAUGAGUGUGGAUCGAUACAUAGCGGUCUGCCACCCUGUGCGCUCCCUGACUGUUCGUACGCCGUUCCGGGCUAAACUGAUCAACGUGGCUGUGUGGGUGUUGGCAUCUGCUGUAGGAGUUCCUGUUAUGAUCAUGGGCCAGGUGGAGGAGGUCUUUAAUGGUUUUGAGUGCGUAGUGGCCCUGCCUGAUCCAAGAGGACGCUGGGAGCCUGUGUUUGCGACUUGUGUCUUCCUCUUCUCUUUCUUGAUUCCUGUGGCAAUCAUAAGUUGCUGCUACGGCUUGAUGGUACGACGCCUGCACAGCGUACGUCUCCUUUCAGGCUCAAAGGAGAAAGACCGUAAUCUAAGGAGAAUCACCUACAUGGUAUUGUCUGUGGUCGCUGCCUUUGUGCUGUGUUGGAUGCCAGUGCAGGUCUUAGCUUUGAUCCAGGCCCUGGGGAAGGUGGAUCUCGGCGGCAGCCGGUCUGCAAUGGUAGCCAUGCACUUCUGUAUCGCCCUGGGAUAUGCUAACAGCAGUUUAAACCCUGUCCUCUAUGCCUUCCUGGAUGAAAACUUCAAACGAUGUUUCCGUGAAUUCUGUGUGCCUGCGAAUUCUGGUUUGUACCUCGAAGAACAGCGCAAAAAGUCACUGAGGCGAGAAGUGAGAGAAUGUGGUGAGGUAAAAGAGGCAGCGGCUUUAAAGGAUAAAGGGGAGGUUAUUGAUGUGUGUCCCAUUCCAGCGUGUGUAAAUUAAACGUUUUCUUCAAAUCAUUGGCCUUUAUAUGGUAUCCUCUUGAAUUAGAAGAAAAUUGCAAUUGGGUGGUGUGAACACAGAGGCUUUUGUCUGGUUAUAACUCAAUUUCGGCAAUGUACAAUUCUUUAAAUGGGAUAAAAGGGCUUUUUAUUUAAAAAAAUGCACUUUCUUUUUUUGACCUCUAUAGAGUGUACUCUUUGCAUUGUUUAUUGUAGCCCUCAGAUGUUUAGAUUAAUAUUAUAUGUAGUGCUGGGCAAAAAUUAAUCGCAUACAAAAUAAAAGUGAUUUUUGGCAAAACAUAUGAGUGUGUGCUGUGUGUAAUUAUUA